AUGAACAAGAAGAAUCAGCAGAAAGAAGGGAUUGGUGUUGAACUAAGCAAGAAGUUAGAAGCGAGGAUUGAAAUUGCUAGAAAGACAGGAGAAUGCGAGAUCAUCAACUUGCCUAUCAAGGAGAUUCCUUCCGGUCUCUGGGAUUUGACAAGCAUCUCCUUGCUCUGGAUCAACAACAACCUGCUGGAAUACGUCGACCCCCUCAUCGGGACAUUCACUAAUGUUCAGGUGAUCAAGGUGAAUGGAAACAGGCUCCGAUCUCUUCCUGAAGAGAUCGGCUUGUGCGCUUCCCUCCAGCGCUUCUGGGCUCAUGACAACCGCAUCGACAAGAUCGUGGAUCUAAAUGUUGAAAACAAUCAUCUCAAGUACCUUCCAGAUGAACUCGGACAUCUCCACAACUUGAAAUAUUUUUCGAUUCGGCACAACAAUCUAGAGUUUUUGCCUGAUACAAUAGGAAACCUCACAAAAGUUGUGCAUUUCUAUGCUGACAACAACAAUCUGAAGCGGCUGCCCAAUCGUUUCGGGGAGAUGUCUUCGAUCACAGAUCUCCGCCUUCACGACAACGAACUCGACACUGUUCCUCCUUCAUUCGCAAACAUGAAGCAUGUCAAGCUUCUACUGAUGCAACAGAACAAGUUCAGACGCUUUCCCUUGUUUGCUUGCGGUAUGACAGGAGUUGAGAAAGCUGACUUCUCAAACAACAUGAUACAAACAAUCCCAUUUGAAAUCGGAGAAAUGUCAAGCAUGACCUCGCUUGAUCUCUCCAAGAACUAUGGCCUCGAAGAGUUGCCCCUGUACCUCGGGGCUAUCACCCACCUCAAGAUCCUGUCGCUGGAA